CAGUGUAUGUUUUGCGAUUUUCUCUUGGAUGGUAACGUUGAAAUAAAUAAAUAAAUAAAUAAAUAAAUAAAUAAAUAAAUAAAUAAAAUCGUCGCAACAAACCGUUUGCGUUUACCGUGCUGGUAUACUGCUUAACAGGGCACUCAUUUUUAAAAAGUAUUUGUCGUUUUACUUCGUUCCGGUCAGCAACAUGAAUAUAAAAAGGGAAAGAAUGAAGACCGUAGAUCUAGGGACGGAACGUACCAGGUCACUGAUACAGUUCAUACAGGCGAUACCUUACCUGUGGAAUAGCAGCGACCCGCUGUAUAAAAAUAAAAAAUCUCAAGCCGAAGCAUGGGAGUCUAUUUCCGAGGAGAUGGGCGUACCAGUGACGGACCUGAGACAUAAAUGGGCUUCCCUGCAAUCCUCGUUCCGGCACUUCUUCAUUCUGUAUCAAAAGGAUCGAGCAUCACACAAUUGCGAGGGCGGUCAGUUGCCGCGUAGAAGAUGGUACCUUUACGAUGAUAUGCUGUUCCUAUUGGCUAGUGGCAAGGACAAAGCUUUGGAGGGAAAGGUAAUCAAACAGAACAACGUUUCCACCGAGGACAUUGAUCAAUCGAUGGACCCAGAUUCCCAUCUCGCUGAUACUAAAGCAGAAAUUGGCAACUCGCUCGAAAUGUCAGAGCAAAAUACUAUCGAGCGGACCGUGCCCUCGCCGUGGGCAGCAGUUUCGCGUACACCGAUCCGGAAACAGAUUAAAUCACGGCACGUAAGCUCGAUAGUCGUUCGGCAGGACCUGUACGCGGAAAGGAAGGUGAUGUGCCAAACUAAACCUACCUAUCAGCGGCGUAAAUCGAAGGAGCCUGAUGAUGCUUCCCCCGGCACCACCACAAAGAAAGAUGACCGAGUGAACAAUAGCUACUGCGAUGCUCUCCGUUACGGGCAGAAUGUGGGCAGAGUAUUGGCACAGUUGUCACCGCAACGAAGGCAUGCGGUUAUGAUCAAAAUAGACGAAAUACUGCUCGAUACGGCGAAGGAAAGAUAUCACCAACAUUAUGGAGCUGAUCCUUAGCUAUUACACACCUAGCCAGUAUAAAGACAAGUUUUAGAUAGGUUCUAAGUGAAGUAUUUUAUUGUGUAGAAGCGGGAGGCCAGCGAAUGUGAUUUAAUAAUGUAAUUGAGUACGAAUAAUCUAUGGACAUGAA